AUAUAUAUAUAUAUAUAUAUCCCCAAAAUCCUCUCUACUAAGUAGUAAUGAUUUGAGAAAUGGAGCAAACUCAACAACCACCCUCAACUCCAGCGACGGUGCCGUCGCCGGAGCCACCAGCUGAACAACCAAUUCCACCACCGUCUUCCUCCUCCUCUUCCACCGCCGCCGCCGCCACAGCAACCACCACUACCUCAGUAGCAUCACCACCUCUAAACCCUACCACAACCACCACUACUACUUCCGCCGCCGUUACCACUACUUCCGUCGCUGUCGCCAUAGUUCAACAGCAAACUCCAUUACUACCAAGACAGCCUUUUACUCGUACAUGGCAACAGCCAUCACCUUUUCAACACUUCUCUUUACCACCUCCACCACCACCACCACCACCUCACUCAUUAUCUUCAUCUUCGGUUUCGGCUUCGUCUUCGAUUUCUGUGCAAAACCCUAGAGGUAGUAAUAGUAGUAGUGGUGGUAUGGCAAUGGGAGUACCUGCUCAUCAUCAUCAUCAUCCGACGAGCUCUUUCUCUUCAUUGACUUCCCCUUCUUAUGGACAGGUGAGGCAGCCUAUACAAGGAAUGCAUGGGAUGGGAAUGAUAGGAUCACUUGGCUCAACUUCACCGAUGCGGCCUGCAGGAGUUACACCUCAGCAACUGAGACCCGUCCCCUCUCCUCUUAGACCUCAGACAAGCAUCGGUAGUCAGUCUGCUGCUACACAGAAUUUUCCUGGCCAUGGCAUGUUAAGAGUUCAGUCAGUGGGAUUUCCUUCGCCCCAAUCACAUACUACUACCUCUCAAAGUCCCAGGUCCCAGAAUCAGCCAUGGUUAUCUUCAGGCGCACCAGGGAAGCCCCCUUUGCCAACACCGUCAUUGAGACCUCAAACUGGUCCGCAGUCUUUGCAUCAAAGGUCCCAGAUUCUUUCCUCUCAUCAGCAUACUGUUACUACCACAUCCUCUGCCCAACAGUCACAACCUUCAACCUCAAGUCUGUCCCAAGAUCAUUUGGGGCAACAGAUGCCUCCAUCCAGGAUUCAACAAUCAUUAUCUAAUCAACCACUUGCCCGGGGUCAGGGAUUAGGAAUCCAGAGACCUUCAUCGCAUGCAUUGAUGCAAUCCACUGCAGUCCAGCAAGGACCUCCUAGUAAGGCUGCUACGCCUACCACUGUAGAGAUGGGGGAUCCUUGUGCUAGGAUUCUAAGCAAGAGAAGCAUCCAGGAUAUUGUAACACAGAUUGAUCCAUCAGAGAAAUUGGAUGCUGAAGUUGAAGACAUCCUCGUUGAUAUAGCAGAGGAAUUUGUGGAAUCUAUUACCACAUUUGGCUGUUCGUUGGCCAAGCAUCGAAAAUCCAAUACAUUGGAGGCAAAGGACAUCCUUCUGCAUCUUGAAAGGAACUGGAAUAUGACCCUCCCGGGUUUUGGCGGGGAUGAGAUCAGAGCCUACAAGAAGCCGUUUACAAGUGAAAUCCACAAGGAGAGAAUUGCUGCUAUAAAGAAAUCGGCUCUCGCGACCGAGAUGGCAAAUGCAAAGGGCUCAACACAAACUGGUGGGACUAUGAAAAGCCAUUUAGCAAAGAAUGCAGCUAAUAUUUUGGGUUCCCCUAAUGCCAAGACAUGAAAAAAAACUGUGCAGUAUGGUGAAAACAAAAGGCAAAAUUUGAUCUAAUGAAUUUUUUUUUACUGCCAUGUAAAAUUAAAUUUCUCAACUUAGAAGUAGUAUUGAGAAAAAAAAUAUUGAAAAUGUAUUAAUCUUUUUUUGUUUUUGAGUUCAAAUGGGAAAAAAUGUGGGAAGUGAUAUAUUUCUCAGAUGUAAAUAUUUUAACAGAUAAUAUCCAUUUGGUUGAUUUUUGCUAAUUUUA